ACAAUACUUCCUCAUUUAGGUUUAGUCAUUUAUCAAGGUAUGGCGACCUUGCGUUUCCCCAUCGCUAUUCUACUAACUCUCCUCCAUCAAGCAGAGCCCAGUGCUGUGACCUCUGUGUUUGUGCUGAAGGGACAGGAUGUUCACCUGGAUGUCCAGACAAAUGUUAAACUGAAAAAAGAUGUUGAUGUGCUAUUUUGGAAAUUUAACAGAUCAGACAAUGUUGUAAAGUAUCCCCCAAAAGUUACCUUUGAAGGGUACGAAGAUAGGACUGAAUUUAGUGAGGGAGACUUCUCUUUGCUACUGAAGAACCUACAGGAAGGAGACAGUGGACUUUAUGACGCAGUAGUGUCUGGUAACAAAGACAGAAAAGUUGCUGCAUACUUGAUAGAAGUCCAAGAGAGAGUUGAGCCUCCAGUCCUGACAGUGGACUCUGUCUCCUCCAUCAAUGCCACCUGUAAUGUGACUGUGACCUGCAGAGGUCAGAACACCUCUGUCACCUCCAGCUGUAACAACAGCACCUGCUCUCAGGUGGGAGGAGAGAGUAGAGGGGCUGAGACCUCCACUGUCCCCCUGCUCUCUGUGGCAGGGGGUUCCAUCAUCUGUAACCACAGCAACCAAGUCAGCUGGGCCAACGACACCAAGGAGAUCAAAACUAUUUGUCCAUUGGAAUUAGAGCGGGAGAGAGAGGACCGUAACUACGCUGUCACAGUCGGGAUGCCAGGUCCCGUCAUCCACGUCAUCAUCAUCUUUGUUGGAUGCGCCUUGAUUGGUUGGUGAAAGCUAAAUAAAGACUCCAGGUAACAGUCAAGUAGGUGGUGAAGAGCAGGAAUCUCCAGGUCCAGCAUCACCCACCAUCUACAGUAUGGUGGGAGAUUACCACCCCACCAUGGUGGGAGACCAGUCUCCACCUGAAGACUUCCUCAUGACCUCCGUGACCAUGCCUGAGAGUAUAUAUGCCACUGUAUGGUGGGGGGAAAAGAGUAGCAAACAAUAAUUAGGAAUUUUAACAUCAUCUAGACCAGGAUUCUAUCACUUUGCUUUUUGUCGGCUAUACACCUUUGAAGGCAAUGUUCCCGCGUUCAGAGAAAACAUUAAAUUCAGCUCAAUCUGGAAAUUAUGUUUAAAUGUACAUAGCUGACAAACYAUGAUCAGAUUGAAUCUUGGCCUAAGACCGCGGAAGAUCCGUGCUAUAGCGUGAUUGAAAUGUAAAGGCAAUGUACCUGCGUGUGUGGGGACUGCAUCGGUAAACUCUGCAUAUGUCGGCUCAAUCGGAAAUUACCUUUACAUUUCUAUCGUGCGACAAUUCGGAUAUUCUUCCAAACAACAAUCAACUACAGAUGAAGGCUCUUAAUUUGACCACACUGUUGUUGCAGGAAAUGCAAACUUGUAGUGUAUUCGAGGUUUAAAAAUGCUUCUAAAGUUUGGAAUUUACACUUUAAAAUAUCAGACUUGAUUUGCCAAUACAAAAAAUUGAAAACCUCCAAACAUUUUCAUUAUUUAUAUCCCCAUAAUCCUGUUGCUUCAGGAUAUUUUCCUGUUGUGAGAAACUGGUGAAAUUACGAUCCUACAUCUGUAAGCACAGCUGUCUUUGAAAAUGUUAAAUAUAUAUAUUUUUCCCUUGUAACAUUUGUGAACCAUCAUGACAAUAGUAUGCUGUAAAAGUACAUAAAAAUAAGUAAACAUUUCAAAUUAUUCAUCAUAGUGGGAAUUAAACAGAAUCAAAUCAUUUAUCAUAGUGGGUAUUAAUCAGAAAAAAAUGAUGUAUAAUGGUCGGUAUUAAACAGAAACAAAUCUUUCAUCAUAGUGGGUACUAAACAGAAACAAAUGAACCAAAAACGUUAUACUGUACAGUCAGAUAUUCUUAUAUCAUGUUAUGCUGUGCUACUGUACAUUAUACUAUGCCAUGUAAUGCUAUAUUAUGUCAAGCCCUAAUAAUAUGCCUUGAAAUGCUAUGCUAUCUUACAUUAGGCUAAAGACAUGCUUCGGUACUUUGGCGACUAUUAAGUAUUUUUUUCCUUUGUGCUGUAUGUUUCAAUGUGUAGUUCAUACAUGCAUAAUCUAUGAGCAGAAUUAACGUUUAACCUCAAUAAGCAACUGUUUUCUGGAAGCUGUGCGGCACCAUUUUCCCUACAUUUACCUCAACGUGCGCCAGCCCGCUAGAAAGUCGAGUUUCAGCGGAUGAGCUUCAGCCCCUUGCCAUUUGAGUGACAGCUAGCAAGACACACACACMGCAGAGCGAGAGAGAGCAAUGACGUGGUGCACAUAUCUGCACAUUUGUCACCCAAUUUUCAGGUAUCACUUUUGGCUUGUGAGCGUUACUUUCAGAACUACUUCCUAAAAAAUAUAAAUAAAAAAAGAAUAUCUAAGGUGUUGUUUUUAUAGCAACAAAUUAAAAGAAAGUAAAUAUUUUUGAAAACUUUUUAAAUUACCUAAUCUGAUUUACAUGUGCAGGCAACAUCCUUCUGUUUCUGUGUACUGUACAUUGUUACAUAAAAAGGAACAGAAUUAUUAAUCUCAUGAUUAUAUCUUCUGCUGUAUAUCAUCACAUUUCAUUGUAAAUGAUAUCCUCUGUGGGAAGCCCUGUCAAUGGUAAAAAUACAAUAAACAUUGUUCUGUCACUCGUGGGCUUAAA